GAUUUUUCCACAGGAGCCUGAAAUUCUAUCUAUAAUGCUCCAAAAUGGCUAAAUAUAAAAAUUACCCCUCCUAUAUAUAUAAAAAAAGAACAGGAAUGAAACAAAACCGUACCCCGCCCACUUUUUGUAAACAAGAAACUUCGAAAAACAGAAAAGCAUCUCUAUACGAGCGGUCUUAUUUUGAAGAGGACAAAAAAAUAUACUAGAAACACUGCUUACUGUAAACUGUCUUCCUUUUAACUAACACAAAAUCAUCAUUUUCAAUACCUUUUCGUUCAUCGCCGAAACCAUUGCGUGACGUCACAUAUACAUGUACCUGUUUCACAGCCUCGCAGUUAAUUCGAUGUACUUUCACUUCGAUAAGAAAUAAAGGUAAGAUAUUGUUUAUGUUCUAUAUUUUAUUGUUCAUUUUUCCAUGAAGAAAAAUUAUAUAUUUGCAUUUGUUUGUCAAUGUAUUCAACUAAUAUUUUCAAAACAAAAACGUAAACAAAAGGGGAAGUAACUCCAUUAUUCACUGGAGGGAAAUUUAAAAAUUGAAAACUUUCAUAGUGACUAUUUUUUAUUAUGGCAGAUAACCUGAGCGCUGCGAUAUGGUAUGGAAAUCCUGUGUUUUUUAUAAAAAUGUUGCAUUUGACCCUUAAUUAGUUAUGACACAUCGAAGUGAAAGUAUAUCGAAUUAACUGCGAGGCUGUGAAACAGGUACAUGUAUGUGACGUCACGCAAUGGUUUCGGCGAUGAACGAAAAGGUAUUGAAAAUGAUGAUUUUAUGUUAGUUAAAAGGAAGACAGUUUACAUUGUCACAUGGAUGAAUGCAUUUCAUCAUCAGUAUGUGGAUUGAUAGAGCGCCACCCAGCUGAAAAAAAGGAAGUGCAAGAACUGUCAAAAAAGAAACAGAACAUUGAGGGUGAACUGAAAGCACUAAAAUGUGAGCUAAAAAUGAAGAAAAAAAUAUCUGCUGAAGCAACUAGUUCCUUUGAAGCUAAAAUUCAUGACAUAUUAAUCCGUACAAAUCCUGCCAAGUAUCUAACAAACAAUAGAAGGCCAAAAGAAGGAGUUAUACUAGCAGAUUCAUAUAUUUUAAAACAAUACUAUGGUAGCAAGAACCCUUCAAAGGACGACCUUGAACGAGACAGUGAUAUAUUUCAAACUGUUGUUCGCUCAUACGAAGAGAAAGUGAACAAACGGAGUAACAAACCAAAAAAUAGUGUAGCUAAACAGUUAGAUAUUCAGUUGAAUACAAAUACAUGUUCUGCUGUUGGAGAAAAUUUACAGGGUUCUUCUAUGCUUUACCCUUAUCCCUAUCCAUAUGUCUGGAAUUACGGUCAAAGUUUUGUGCCGAAUUUUGGUUCACCUGGACAGAGUACAUCGCAAAUAUUUGGGUCAAACUUCAGACCGUUUGAUACAGUCCAAGCAUCACCACAAGCACAGUGGAGACGCCGCCACCACCACCACCACCACCACAAGAGGGCUGAUUUUAUUUGUGAUAAUGUACAUGUGACUGAAAACAAAUCUGUUUCUUGUUUGUUUUGUGUUCUUUUUUAAAAGUAUAUAGACUAUUAAUUGUUGCAUAAAACAACACUGUGCUUUUCAGGGUCACUAAAGUUUUGUCUUUUAUCAAACUUAAUAUGUAUCAUGUCAGUUUACCAUUGUUUUACUAGAUCUAACUAGCUUUAAGAACAAGGAGUUCAUGCAGAUAUGUGUCUUAAAUAUAUUUGAAAUAUAAAUAAAAUAUAGACAUUACCCGGCAUUAGAUUUUGAAAAUAUAAGAAUGCACAAGUUCUUUCUUAUUUGUUCAGUUUGUUUUGAUAUUGUAAAUAAACAACAUUGAUUAA